AUGCUGGGAGAUCAGGAUCCCUGGCAGCUGACCCCCACCAUCGAGUACGAGUUCCGACCCGAGGAGAAUCCCAACCUCCCGAUCACCAAGGUGGCCCGCAUGUUCCAGAAAGAAGUCAGCCGCCCUGUCUUGGCACCCGGGGCACUCACCAUACCGGUCAAGCACUUGAGCACUCCGCUUCCCCACCGCUGGUUUGCCUUGACUAGAGAAUCAAUCGACCGCCUUGACCCGACAGGCGAUCAUGGCCCGGCCACUCGAGAGUUUCUUUCCUUUUGUCCGGCGUUUGGGGAACCCGCUGUUGGUCGUGCCGACGCCUAUUACCACGGCCACCAGAAGAUAUACUUGCCGCCGGGUCGUUGGCCCUUUGAAGACCGCACAGCCAUUGUCUUUUCACAGAUCGAAAACACAGAGGACGAAAAGCGGCGCAUGGCUGCUGCUGCGAAAAGGCUAGCGCAGAAGUUCAAGGAGACGGGGCGGGUUCGUAGCACAACAGUAAAGCAGCUCUGGCUAGCCGAAAUCAUCAAGAAGGCAUGGCCUCCGAAGGACUAUUCCAAAUUCCUCCCGGAAAAGGCAGAGAACCACUGCAGAGUGCUCAUUGCCAGAGCACUGGAGAAAUGGCGUGGAACGACAAUCGUGAUCCACGUAUCGACAGAGCUCCCGCAAAAACCGACCCGGCUGCUAUUGGAGGAGGUUUCGGCAAACAUGAAACAAGACACAGUUGUUAUCGUCUCGUUGAUGGGCCGGAGGCUAUACGACCGCAUCUUUAACCACUGGGACGAGAAAGUGCGCGAGACGUUUGCGACCGAAAUCGUGUUCAAGCCGCCUCUGAAACCGGCACCCGUCGUCGAGGAGCCAGUGCCCGAGACUACCGCUCAGGAGGACGAAAUGCUCAAACGACUCAUGGAAAAGUUCCUCUCCCAGAAUGAGCAGAGGAAAAUGCGAGAGCGAGAAGAAGCUGAGAAGGCACGGAGAGAAGAAGAGCGUCAAAGAAAGUUGGCCGAGGCUCGGAAGAAGGAGGAGGAGGAGCGACAAGCUAGGAUACGGCACGAGAGGAAGAUGGAAAAGGAAGCCGAGGAGCGACGGAGAGCGGCCGAGCGGGAGCGGCUCAAAAUCCAAAAGGACGUCGAGAGCAUGUUUGAGGCUGCAGUUCAGUAUGAGAUCGACGCCUCCCUGCGCAAGGAGGAGUCAGUCGGUGAACGCGUCUUGGUCGAUGACGCCGAGCACGCUUCAGCCGAUGACGCCGAAAAUGAGACCGAGGAGGCUCAACUCAGCGAGGGCUCCAUCAACAUCAAAAAUGGCGCGAUUUGCAUCGAGACGGAAGGCUCUAUUGACGUGAUGGGCGGGUUCCUGAACAAGCGGGACGGCUCCAUCAUCAUCAAGACCGGCUUCGUCAACAUGGUCAGCGGCGACAUUGACUUUCUGCACCGUGACGACCGGAAGCGUUUCCAAGAGGAUCUCGGCACGGUGUCCAUCAGUUUUGAAGAUGGUGUUUCUCGUCGGGGGAUCAACGUCGACGACGCUGAUGGCAAUCCGGACCUGAUCAGCCUCACGGACGCGAAGAUCAAGAUCACCGAGGGUUAUAUCGAAAUCAACGACGGCUCCAUCAAGGUCACCGGAGAGGAGGGUUUGGCCCACGCCAAGAAGAUAUUGAGUUCCAUCAGAAUCAAGCGGGGCGCAAUCCACAUCAUCGAGGGGUCCGCCACCUUCACCGACGGGCAGGACGACUUUAUCAACUGCUCAUUCGACAUCAAAGAGACCACUCUCGGCUUCAAGGACGGUUACACCGACAUCGAAGCCCACAAGGACAUGUACUCUACCCGCGACUGGGGCCGAGGCUAUCAGCCCAACGUCGAUGGCAGCAGCGAUUCUACCAAAAGCUGGAGCUACGAUCUGCCGCAAGACAAAGCCAGGGAAAGAGUUCGCAAAAUGCAGGACGACAUUGAGGAAAAAGCAAGGGAGCAAUGGGCGGCAGAGGAGAAAAAGAGGGAGAGAGAGGAGCAGCAGAGGAAGAGAAAACUGGAGGAGGAGGAGGAGGAGAGAAAGAGGAAACUGGAGGAAGAGGAACAAGAGCGGAUCAGGAAGGAAAUGCUUGCCAGAAAGAGGGAGAGCCUGCGGAAGAGCCUUUCCACGACGUUUGUCACUGACAGCAGACGGAAAAAGAAGGACUAA